ACCUAAGCCUUGAGCCAUGUCUCCUCCGACCGUGCCUCCUACUGGGGUAGAUGGUGUGUCCGCGUACCUGAUGAAGAAAAGGCACACUCACAAGAAGCAGCGGCGAAAGCCCACUUUCCUCACUCAUCGGAACAUCGUGGGCUGCCGCAUUCAACACGGCUGGAAAGAAGGCAACGAACCAGUGGAGCAAUGGAAGGGUACCGUGCUCGAGCAGGUUUCCGUGAAGCCCACUCUGUAUAUCAUUAAAUACGACGGCAAAGACAGUGUGUACGGACUAGAACUGCACAGAGAUAAGAGAGUUUUGGCGCUGGAAGUUCUUCCUGAGAGAGUUCCUUCUCCUCGCGUUGAUUCUCGCCUGGCAGAUUCCCUGGUUGGGAAAGCAGUUGGACAUGUGUUCGAAGGUGAGCAUGGCAAGAAAGAUGAGUGGAAGGGUAUGGUGUUGGCGCGAGCUCCCAUAAUGGAUACUUGGUUUUACAUCACCUACGAAAAAGAUCCGGUCCUCUAUAUGUACACCUUGCUGGAUGACUACAAAGAUGGUGACCUGCGCAUCAUUCCAGAUUCCAACUACUAUUUCCCUACAGCAGAGCAGGAGCCUGGGGAGGUGCUCGACAGCCUCGUGGGCAAGCAGGUGGAACACGCCAAAGACGACGGAUCGAAGAGAACUGGCAUUUUUAUCCAUCAGGUGGUGGCCAAGCCAUCUGUCUACUUCAUAAAGUUUGAUGAUGAUAUUCACAUUUAUGUCUAUGGUUUGGUGAAAACCCCGUAAGUUUAUAGUGCUCUUUGAAACAUUUGUGGCACUAUUAGAAGUAAAAUAGCUUAUGUUCUCAAAGUGGAUAAAUCUUAUUGUGCCUCCAUAUCUUAUACUGACUAUUUUUCAGUUUUAACUCACGUGUAUGUUAGUACUUUUGUGGUUUAUUUGUUUUGUAAUUGAAAUUUUGAAUUGGUUGCUAAGAGAAAAGUUACAAAGUGUUUAGAUCCACUGAGGCAAUUCAAAAGUAGAUAAACUGUGCCGCAUGUCUUGUGCUCCCUUCUUGUGCUCUUUUGAUUCCUCCAGAUAAUUAGCUUGAGAACUUGGCAUUUAUCUUAGGAUGUGUUCCCCACUCUCAAACAGAAAGUUCGAUGUAGCUUUUGUAAAAUUCAGCAGCCGAUUACAUACUUUCUGAUCAAUAGCACAGGCAAUCUCUCUUUCACUCCCACAACUGUGUGCACAGUACAUACAGAUAUGCCAAAAAGUAUCAGUUCUGUUCUUGGUGGUCAUGUAUUGCCUUUUUUAAUCGUAUUGCUGUUUUGUUGUAUUAAGGUGCUCUUAUUUCUAUAGAAGUGUUAUGUAGGCAUAUAUAUAUAGUUUUAAGAAAUAUUGCAAGGUUGGCAUUCACUGGUCUUUAAUGUUUGAAAAGCGGACUGGUAAAAAGUUCUAUGGCUUUUCUGAUUAUUUUGUUUGGUGUUUACCUGACUCAAUGAGAUUUAUUUUUCUACUUGGGAUAUUUCUCUUUUGUGAUUUGCUAAUUCCUAUCCUUUGUUCUUUUAUCUAUUCAACUGAUUUUUUUCAUAUAAAGUUGUAGGAAUGUCUAUAAUGAAAGUGCAUUUAAUCAUUUGUAUUUCAUGUGUUAAUGAACUUUACGUUGUUAUUAAUUUUGACUUUAUUGAUAAUAUUGUUCACUUUACAAUUUUAAAAACUAAGUAAUUUUAUAAUUUUGAAACAUCUGAGUAUUUUAUAAUUUUUUUGUUUCCUAUUUUUUCAGACAGAUAUAUCUAAUCAAAGUCAUACCGAUAUUCACUUUGUUUUUCCCAUAAUCUUUAUAGUAUUUAAAUUUUUUAUCUAUUUGAAAUUUAUUUUUGCGUAUUGAAAUACAUAGGAUUUAACUACAAACUUUUCACAUAUUCAAUUGUAGAAAUUAUUUUUUAAAAAGGAUCACUCUUUUUCAAAUUUCUGAGUGAAAAUUAGUUUUAAAAGCUGAACAUAAGUUUCAAAACUGGAAAAACAAAUUCCCUUUCAAUGGCUUUGUUUUUUUUUUCUUAUUAUAAUUUGUCCUCUACAUUCAUUUAUUCACAAGAAAACCCAAUGCAUUAUAUUAAUAUUUUGAAAAGGGUCUAAUACCUAUUACAACUGCAUCAAUUUUAUGUUUUCUAACAUACAAGGAUAAUGUUAAUCCUUAAUAAACAAGAGUUUUGGUACAUCAUUGAAAUAUUUUUAUUGUUUUCAUUACAUUCUUCAUAUAGGUCAUUCAUAUCUAAUGGAAUUUAUUUUUGCAGUUGUCAAAUUUUGUAAUAAGUUGAGGAUUUUUCCUCCUUACAUGUAACUUUUUAUUUUUAUCAAUAAAGAAAAUCUACAGAUUUUAUAUUUUUUAUCUUUUAUCCAAUGAGUUUAUUUAAUCCUAUAGGUUACAUUGGAUUCUAAGUUAGAAACUUUUGGAUUUUCUUGAUCUAUACAAUCAUUUCAUAUGUAAAUAGAGAUCAUUUUAUUUCUUCUAAUGCUUAUACUUAUUAGUAUUACAUUCACUGGAUUCUCCACAGCAGUGAUAUGUAAGGAUGAUGGCAGACAUGCCUGUUUUAUUUUUAAUUUUUAUGAGAAUAAUUUUACUUUUUCAUGUUUGACUCUAUUGAUUUUGACUUUGUUGAUUGUUGGUAAGUAGUCAUAUGUUGAGAAAUUUCUAUUUCUGUUUUUAUAUAGCAUUACUAUUAGAAAUGUCUCUUAUAUUUUAUCAAUGUCUUUUCAAUAUUCAUUAUUACAAUUAUAUGUUUUUUCUUUUAAUCUUUUGAUGUAAGAUUUAUUAGAAAGCUAGGUAUUUAGUAUUGAACCAAACCUGUAUUUCUGAAAUAAACCCUACUUGGUCAUGGUAAAAUGAUCAUUUGUUAUAUUGCUCUAUUUUAUUUACCAAUAAUGCAUUUAGAAUUAGAUUUGCAUUUCAAAGUGAAGUUGCAUUUUUUAGAUUAUUCUUUGUAUUUUUAAUCAAACAGACAACAGGUUGUGUCUUUUUUUUUCUUUAAUAUGCUGUCUCUAGGAAGCUUGGUUUAAAGUUCUACUAGCUUAAAAAAUGACUUGGUGAAACAGUUUAAAUGACAUUAGAAAUGUUCUUCAAAAGUUAGCUGGGACUAAGCUGUAAAACAUUUUAAUCCUGGGAACCCAUUUGAUUACGGAUGAGUUUAAUGAGUUUCCUGAUAUUUUCCCAGGGGUGAUUGGCUUUUUCAGACUUUUUGGUAGCACAGAAUGUAUAUUUUUCUGUCAUUUACAGAAUAUAUAUUCUCUGUCAAUUACAUACAAAGUUGAAAGCUGUUUAUAUUAUAAAAUUUGCUGAUUGUAUUUUUCAGGUGCUUUAUGUCCUUGUAUAGUUAAUGUGAACUAGAUUUGCCCAGUUUGGAAAAUGUAAUAAAAUUAUCAGCUAUAAUGAUAA